CUGUACCUGGGCAUCCUGAGUUCCUUCCCGAUCGCGCGAGCCAAUGCACGUUUUUGGGCAAGCUGGGGCAUCGGAUCCGCAGAAGACCCCGCAGCACUAGCGCAAGCAGUCUCAUCUACCAUCCAGGAAGCCUCACCAUUAUCCUGGACAACAUUGAAAGCUUUACAACUUGUGAUCACUAUUCGUUCAAUAUGGCAAGCAGCGAGCCUACAGUACUUAUCAUAGGCGCUGGUACCUUUGGCGCGUCUACUGCCUAUCAUUUGGGUAAGCAAUACAAAGAUCCAUCGCGAAUAACCAUCAUCGACCGUUGGGAUAGCAAUACAUCCCUGAAGCAAAAGCAAGCAGCAGCUAUCGACACCAAUCGCAUUAUCCGUACCGACUACGAGUCACAUCUUUACUGCAAUCUCGCCAAUGAAGCUAUUCAUUUUUGGUUCUGGAGCAUAGCAGUGCAGGGCCAUUUCCACAAGACGGGUUGGGUCGUGCUAGACAAAAAAAAUGGUACUUUUGGUGAUGCGAUAAGGAAGACGUUCGUUGAGAGAGGAGGUGACUACACGCGCGACCUAGAACCACAAGAGCUGGACAAGUACGCUGUGACAAAAGGCAUCCAGAGCGAAGAAUACGGAAAGGGCUAUUUCAAUCGCGAAGCGGGCUGGUGCGACGCAGAGAAAGCAACGCAAAGCUUCACAAAGGUUGCACUUGAGUUGGGCGUCAGGAGGGUGACUGGAGACGUGCAAGAGUUGUUACUGAGCGCCGACCAACGAAGCCUAGCAGGUGUAAAGCUAAGGAAUGGUCAAGUUUUGAAAGCCGACAAGAUCGUGUUGGCAGCAGGAGCUUGGACCAGCUCCCUUAUGUCGCCAAUCGAGGAUGCUUUGAAGAUCCAGGAACAAGACCGCAUCGAGCGCCAGAUCACCGCUGUAGGACGGGUCUCGGCUUACUAUACACUUAACGAACAAGACACUCAGAGCAUGAUCGACGAAACAGUGCCUGUGAUCGUCAUUGGAGGAGAGGUCGACAUCAUCCCACCUUCGCAACCAAACCGGACGCUGAAGAUCAAUGACAUCAAGACUGAAAUCAUCAAUACGGUUACCACUCCUUCUGGACACAAAAUCACCAUGCCAUCGCGAAGAAACCAGAACGACGUACCUGAGAGAUUGAAGCGUGAAAGCGCACAGAUCAUGCACAACGCCAUGCCGGAAUGGACACGCAGCAAAAGACCAGACAGAUGGCGAAUCUGCUACGACGCUGUUACACCAACCGAAGACUGGCUGAUGUGUCGGCAUCCUCAUGAAAGGCUCGCCAACUUAUACCUCGCAGUUGGCGGUAGCUUCCACUCUUACAAAUUCCUCCCCGUCGCCGGCGCAUAUAUGUGCAACGUCCUAAGCGGCAAGGGCAACGGUGAGGAGAAAGAUACUGCCUGGAAGUGGAAGAGCGCCGAAGAACUACAGUGUCGCAAGGGUAAGGAGUUUGGUGAAAGUCCAAGAGAUUGCGACAAGAAAGAGUUGAGUGAGUACGAGGAGGGAGCAGCAUCGAAGUUAUGAUCGUUAAGAAGUACCUUCAAUCGACAUUUCUCAAUUUUACGGGUUACCAUUCUACUCCGCGGCUUCGCAUUCCCGACUUCGCAUUGCACAUUCCUCUACAUUUGCCACUAUUCAAAAUAGUGAUUGCGCCUUGGUUUAGUAAUCUAUUCCAUUCAUACUAGA